AUGAUAAACCCUAAUUUCGAGGGAAACAUUAGCAAAAAACCAAGUUAUUACACCAAUGAAAUAACCACAGAUGAGGAUGCGGGUCAACAGUAUUAUCAUUCUACAACUCCGGGAGAGCCAAAUUCUCAAUCAUCAAACAUAAAUUCAUACACCUCAAAAUACCCUGAAUAUCUGUUUGAACCGGGAACAAGUACUCCAACUUCAUCAAUGAAAUCGACAUCACCUCGCUCACCCCUUUGCAUCAAGGAUCUAGCUUCGAAAUCCGACCAAAAGUUUUUAUCAAAGUAUAGGACCAAGUAUAGGCCAAAAAUGGACGAUAUCUCAAAAACCCUCAGACGGAAAACGAAAAGGUCUAAGAAGUUCCAUGAAGAGGUCUCAACGCCAAAGUCUUUGCCUUUCUCUGUCAACUUAAAUGAAAAGCUUGGAACUUUCUCUGGAGUUUAUGUACCAACCUGUCUUAAUGUACUGAGUAUCCUCAUGUUCUUGAGAUUUGGAGUUCUCCUUGGACAAGCGGGGCUCCUAGGAAUCAUGUCUUUGCUAGUAGCUUCAUAUAUUAUCAACCUUGUCACAACAUUGUCAUUAUCUGCUAUUGCCUCAAAUGGGACUGUUCGUGGAGGGGGAGCUUAUUAUUUGAUCUCAAGAUCCCUAGGGCCAGAAUUCGGAGGCUCCAUAGGAGCCAUUUUCUACUUUGGACUCACCUUAAACACUGGAAUGAAUGCCGUUGGCCUUAUCGACUGUAUAAAGCUAAACUUCGGCACAAUUUCUGGGAAUUGGAUUAAGGUGCUUCCUGAGAGCCAGUGGUACAAUUAUCUCUGGUCAACUGUAGUGCUUAUGUUAUGCACAGGACUUUGCUUCGCUGGAUCAUCCAUAUUUGCCCGUGCAAGUAACGGACUAUUGAUUGUACUCAUGAUAGCUACCCUCAGCAUACCUCUUUCUUCUCUCUUUGUAUCACCUUUCGAAAAUAAAAGUCUCGGAAUCGAAUACACAGGUCCAAGCUUGAAGACCUUCACCGAAAAUCUCAAGCCACUGCUCAUGAAAGAGACUGCUGCUGGCCAAUCUUACCAAAGAGACUCAUAUCAGACUCUCUUUGGUAUCCUCUUCCCAGCGACUGGUGGUAUUUUUGCCGGGGCUAGCAUGUCUGGGGACCUAAAGACUCCAAGUAAGUCCAUACCAAGAGGAACUUUAUAUGGCCUCGGGACAACUUUUAUACUCUACUCUAUCGUUAUUCUCGCAAUGGCCUUCACCACAAAACGAUCCUCGUUGAUAGUAAAUGCAAACGUUAUUCAAGAUACAAAUGUCUCUGGUUUGAUUAUUCUCGCUGGAGAACUGGCCAGUGCAUUAUUCUCAACGCUAAUGGGCGUUAUUGGCUCUGCAAAGCUAUUGCAGGCUCUAGCACGGGAUAAUCUGCUCCCAGGUUCCUCGAUAUUUAAACAGGGGUCUCCAGACAAAGACGAGCCAACCUACGCAAUUAUUUUAACCUAUCUAAUUUCCCAGAUAAUGAUGCUUUGUGAUUUGAAUCAACUUGCUUCUUUCGUAACAAUGACUUAUCUAAUGACUUUCCUUGUCAUGAAUUUAGCCUGCUUUCUACUUGAAAUUGGCUCAGCGCCAAAUUUUCGACCUUCAUUUAAUUUUUUCAAUUGGCAAACGGCCUUGUUUGGAACCAUUAUCUCUGCUCUAGCAAUGCUUUUUGUUGACAGAUUUUAUGCUAUUGGAUUUUUAGGGAUUUUGAUAUUUAUUUUUCUAUUUAUUCACUACAACUCACCGCCGAAAAGCUGGGGAGACGUGUCACAAAGUCUUAUCUAUCAUCAAGUUCGAAAAUAUCUACUUCGUCUUAAACAAGAACAUGUCAAGUUCUGGCGACCACAGAUUUUGUUGUUUGUCAACGAUCCUCGCCGCCAAUACAAGCUUAUACAAUUCUGUAACUCCAUGAAAAAAGGAGCUCUUUACAUUUUAGGACACGUCAUAGUUACUGAUGACUUCGGAGGCUCUGUUCCUGAAGCUCGAAGCCAACAGGCAGCUUGGUCAAAGUAUAUUGACUUUUCUAAAAUAAAAGCAUUUGUAAAUAUUGCGAUCUCCCCAGGUGUUGAAUGGGGUGCUAGAAACAUUGUCAUGACAUCUGGAUUAGGAGGAAUGAGACCAAACAUCGCCGUCUUAGGUUUUUAUAACCUUGAUGAUUUCAGAAGGCAGCCACUUAUAAACCUCUCAGACUCUCCAACGAACGCAAAGGGUACAGAGUUUCAUGCUCCUACAUCUCAAUCAAGAAAUCGUAAAUCGUUCAAAGUUAGCGAAGGCAACACAAUGAGUGAUGUUCUUCCAACAGAUUCUUGCAAAACCGAAGGAAUGAUGAGCGUUACUAGCUAUGUAACUAUAUUAGAGGAUCUUUUAUUGCGGCUUCAAAUUAACGUUGCGAUCGCGAAAGGCUUUGAAGAUUUAGAUUUCCCUAGCCAAGACAAUCACUCUAAAAAAUUCAUAGACCUAUGGCCGAUACAGAUGUCAGCAGAAAUUACAACAGCUGGUGAAAAUAGGCCAAAUUUACUAACAACCAAUUUUGAUACUUAUACCCUAAUACUACAACUUGGUGUCAUCUUGAAUACUGUACCGGCCUGGAAAAAAGCGUACAAAAUACGUGUAGCAGUUUUUGUCGAGUAUGAAACUGAUGUUGAAGAGGAACGAGGCCGAGUCGAGUCGCUCCUUGAAAAUCUACGAAUAGAAGCGAGAGUUCUUGUUUUCUGGCUAGCCUCUGGAAAUUUCGCCACAUACGAAAUUAUAGUCAAUGGCGCUAGUUAUGACCCGCAAAUAGAGGAAGAGGUGGAAGAGUACCUCAAGGGACAGGACUGGUGGGACGAAAUCCAGCGAAUACGGGGGAAACGCGGCAACUCAUCAGGUACAGAAAAUUUAUCGGAGAUUGCGAGUCUAUUUAUGACAGGUACAAAUUGGCCAGAAUCUUCAUUUCAGCAAGGCCCUCGUGAAACUAAGGUCAAGAGGUUCAAUGGCCUUCAGAGACUCCUAAAGAAGACGAAGAAAAAACAGUCCAUGAGUAGGUUUGCUAAAUUAGGGGUCAGCCUUGGUAUGCGGACUCAUAGAUUAACUCGGGACAUCUUAAAAGUCCAUUCAAGUCAAGUGAGCGCGAGCGAAGAUUCAAGCAGUUCCCAUGAUGAAGGCAGUAUCUCAGAUUUAGACUCAGAUAAAGGCAUAGCCAGUGAGGGUGACGUUGAAGAUUUUGAAUUUGGGAGCGAGCCCGAGGCGCUUACUUCCAAAAUUUACCGAAGGAAAAGUCACGGUGACGCUAUCAGGGGGACACCCUCGUCAAAAAGGCUGAAUGACGAAAAUCAAAUACAACUACCGGAGGGAUCAAAUCCAGGCUCUUCUACUGAUGAAUCUAAGCUGGCUCACGAGCAAUUUUCAUGCCUAGACCUUUAUAAAUUAUCUCUGGCAACAUCCUAUUUGCCUAAAACAAUAGCACCCGAAUCAAAAAAAGAGAAUAAGUCUCCUCAAAAUGAAGUUCCUGGAGAACUAUCUGCAGGCUUGAAAUUCAAUGCGCAGUCCUUCAACUCCCGAUCAAGGCCCGAAACUCUUUCUAAGCACGCUUCGAAGCCAAAAUUUUCAAGUAAGCCAGUCCCCGCCACAAGGAUAGCCACAGAAGAUGGACCGGGGCCGUCUAUUAUGUUUACUGAAACGCCACCUCCAUCUCGGUUUGGAAGUUGCUUGCCCUCGGCGUACUUAUCAGAGACAAAUGCUUCUAAUGCUCAUCCCGAAACGACCAAGCUUUCCUCUUCUCCUCGAGUAGGAUCGUCGUAUUCUACACAGAAUUUGCCUCUCUCCUUCAAUGAUUUACCUAGUCGGGCUCAACAUUUGAUUUUGAAUGAGUUAAUGAGAUUGAAUACUAAGGAAACUGCUGUAAUGUUCACCACAUUACCGAGUCCUGCAGAGGGCACUGGCUUGAGUGAAGAGGCUAGCUCUGCAUACCUAGGAGACUUGGAAUUACUCUGUCGUGGAUGUCCUCCUGUUUUAAUGGUGCACAGUAAUAGUAUGACUGUCACCAUGAAUCUCUGA